AUGUCGACCGACCAGCCAACAGCGCAUCCCAUCGAUCCCGUCGACGUGGCAGCUAAGAAGACACCACCUCGAGGGCGAAAACGACCACUACGGACCUACAGUCGACGAUCAAUCCAGACGAAGGCGCAAGAACAAGAGGAGGCAUUGUCGCAAGGGGACGGGUUUGCCGGUGUCAGCACUCCGGGUCUGGAACGAACAGAGACGCCGGUCCAGCUCCCAGCCCUGCCCGCGCACCGACAUACGGAACAAGCGGGGCCAGCGGAGCAGUCAAGUCGCGAAUCGAUCCUGGCAUACUUCAAGCCUCUGCCGCCAAGUUCUAACGCACCUUCUGGCGUUGCAUCUUCUGACCCUGCCGAACCCCUGUCGACACCACCGACAUCUCCAUCGUCCUCCCGGGUAAAGAAACGAAGACGGCUCACUACAAGGCCCCAAUUCGGGGAGUUCGAACAGCAUAUCAGGUCUGAUGCUGGAGAGACGGUCGAUUGUCGCGAUGGCGAUGGCGAUGGCAAAGGGGAUGGCGACCCCCCCGGGAAAGCAGCACUUGGCAAACAAUCCCGCUGCUCCCUUGCUGAAAGUACAAUUAUUGUUGGGGGUGCGAACUAUGACACACUGCGACCAGCUUUGAGCGAAGUAGCAGGAAACGCCUUGUGCCACCAAGACGAACCACCAAGCUCUGUGGCGGAGGGAGGGUCGAGGAUUAAGAAACGGCUCGAAAAACGACCUGCAAAGGACUUGACGCAAACGACAUUGAGUCUUUCUGUUCAUAAAGAGCCGGGUUUCACCAUGUGCAGUGUCUGCGACAUUCUGUAUAACCCCUUGAACGAAAAAGACAGGAAAGAGCACAACCGCUUGCGCUCUGGAAUAGCCCGCCCUAUAAGCCGAUUCCAAAUUAUGUUGACCUUGAAAUCGAACUCGGUUCAAUACACUCGAUUGUUGUCAACCUCUUUGGACAUUCGGGCUUUCAGCAAUUAUCCCACUCAGCAAUUAUCCCACAUCGAGUCGGCACUCUACCUGUCAAGCAAGAUGGUACACCAACACGGCGACCAUGCCGAGAUCCCGGACAAGGAUCGAGUCAAUAGACCCGGGGCGUGGCUGCCCGCCGACAAUCGUGUUCACCGUGAGUGGUUGGAUCGGACAAUUGACCACAUCGAUCAGCAUGGAGAGAAGGAGCUCAUCCCCGUGCUGCGCGAGUUCAAACAAUUGAUCGAGGAGAACCCCCGUAUCUACAUGUACUUCACCGAGAUGUGGGAUGAGAUCCCAAACAAGGCGCCUUAUCAGAACGACCCUACGGGAGAAUCUCAGAUCCGGGAUUACCGCCACAUGCUGCAAGUCCUGAAUCAUGUGUUCGGGAGGGCCCCUGAGUGGACGGAUGCGGCUGCCAGCGUAGGCAUGGUCGGGGUGCCCAUGGCCGCCAUCUUCGACUAUGCCAUGGGUACCCCGAGCGGUCACGCCGCCUUCUUGGACCCUGAUGUAAAUCGCAUGUUGAAGAAGAUCCUCAACGAAUGGGGCAAGUACCUGAAGUCUCCCGAGUCUGCAGAAGUACUUCGCGAUCACCAAGCCGGUUGGUUUGGCGAGGUGGGUUACAAGGACCUCAUGCAGGUAGCCAACGGACCAAAUGGGCCCCUACCCACACGCUGCCGCGUUGCUGACAGGGAGCCCUCAGAUUUCUUCACCCGCAAGGUCCAGGAAUCGGCACGGCCGGUGGCCGCCCCCGACGACGAUAACAUCAUCGCGAACCCGUGCGAGUCCAAGGUGUUCAACGUGACGCGCAACGCCAAGCUGCGCGACAAGUUCUGGGUCAAAGGCCAACCAUACUCGGUGAUCGACAUGCUGGGCAACGACCCGCUGUCUACACAGUUUGCGGGCGCGACCGUGUACCAGGCGUUCCUGUCGGCGCUGUCGUACCACCGGUGGCACGCGCCCGUGUCGGGCACGGUCAAGCGCUGCUUUGUGCGCGACGGUACCUACUUCAGCGAGCCGCUGUUCGAGUCGUCGGCCGAGGGCGGCGACAUCGAUAGGGGCGGCAUCACCGUCGCCCAGGGCUACCUCUCUGCCCUGGCCACCCGCGCGAUCAUCUUCUUCGAGGCCGACAACCCGGCACUCGGCCUGGUGGCGUUUAUCGGGAUCGGCAUGGACGAGGUCAGCACAUGUGAGAUCACGGUGCGCGAGGGGCAGCGCGUCAAGAAGGGCGACGAGAUUGGCAUGUUCCACUUUGGCGGCUCGUCCUUCUGCCUACUGUUUCGUGAAGGGGUCCCCCUGGGCGGGUUUCCUGAGGUCGGGAGGAAGGAUAACGUGCCGGUGCGAGGUCCGCUCGCGGUUGUCGGGUCCUCGUGA